AUGAAUUCCAUUGAGUUUCCCUUACUUGAUCAAACAACCAAAAAUUCAGUUAUUUCAACUACAUUAAAUGAUUUUUCAAAUUGGUCAAGAUUAUCCAGUUUAUGGCCGCUUCUUUAUGGUACUAGUUGUUGCUUCAUUGAAUUUGCUUCAUUAAUAGGAUCACGAUUUGAUUUUGAUCGUUAUGGACUAGUACCACGAUCGAGUCCUAGGCAGGCAGACCUCAUUUUAACAGCGGGCACUGUAACUAUGAAAAUGGCCCCUUCUUUAGUUCGAUUAUAUGAACAAAUGCCCGAACCUAAAUAUGUUAUUGCUAUGGGAGCCUGUACAAUUACGGGGGGGAUGUUUAGUACCGAUUCUUAUAGUACUGUUCGAGGCGUAGAUAAGCUAAUUCCUGUAGAUGUAUAUUUGCCGGGCUGUCCACCUAAACCGGAGGCCAUUAUAGAUGCUAUAACAAAACUUCGUAAGAAAAUAUCUCGAGAAAUAUAUGAAGAUCCAAUGAGUUUUCAACGAGAGAAUAGAUGUUUUACCACCAACCAUAAGUUUCAUGUUGGAUACAGUACUUAUACUGGCAAUUAUGGUCAAGAAUUUUUCUAUCAACCGCCAUCUACUUCAGAGAUAUCGUCUGACACAUUUUUUUAA